AUGUACCUGUUAUAUGAGGCCGCGUCUGGCUUAGCGAUGUUCAAGGUUUUGGACGAAAGCAAGCUUAAGGCCGCCGACCUGGUCGGGGCAAUGAUGCGCACAAGUAGUGACGUCCAGAAAAUAGUUUCCCUUGUCUCAUUUUCAAAGUUUCCAAGCGUCGAGGGUGCGUUAGCCACACAAACCUCAACCUUUGAGAAGGAUGUGAGCGAGGAGCUAAAAAAGUUUGUGGAGAAACACUUUGUGAACACCGUAGCCAAGAAGGAUGCGUCCGAAAAGCUCCUGGUCCAGGACCCUCACAUGGUUACCGCCCUCAAGGAUGUCUACGGGGUCCGUGCUGCAUUUAAUGACAUAGUUGUUGAGCUGUCUAGGGGGAUACGUACGCAUCUGGCCUCCAUUCUCCCUGAUUUUGAUCAAGAACACGACAGCUCAAUGGCGAUGGGGCUUGCACACUCCUUUUCUCGCUACCGCGUCAAGUUCAAUGCUGACUCUAUAGAUAUCAUGCUUAUUCAAGCCAUUGCUUUAAUUGACGACACUGAGAAGGAUAUCAACCAGUUUGCCAUGCGACUUCGUGAGUGGAUGGUUUGGCACUUCCCCGAGCUGAUUACUAUCGUACCAGAUAAUAUAGACUAUGCCAGGACUGUAGUCGUGCUCCGGGACAGGAGGCAUCUCGAGGAGUCGCUCACAACGUCUGGCCGCGAAAAGUUCAUAAAGGCCCUUAACAAAGCGUCUAAGGAUCAAGCUUAUGCCAUUAUAUCUGCUGCUAAGACAUCUGUUGGCACGGAUAUUACUGACCAGGACUCCGACAGAGUUGUCCACCUGGCUGAGGAGCUUCUUUCUUUGGUCUCAUACCGCGAGGAGUUGCAUGAGUACAUUGAGGCACGCAUGCUUGCUGUUGCACCCAAUUUCACCCGCAUUGUCGGGUCCAUCGUCGGCGUCCGUCUUCUGGCCAAAGCGGGAAGUUUGCUCAACCUUGCCAAGCUCCCCGCAUCCACCUUGCAGAUUCUUGGCUCAGAACGUGCACUUUUCCGUGCCAAGAAAAUGCGAUCCAAGCAGACGCCCAAAUAUGGGUUUAUCUAUCACGCUGCGCUUGUGGGAAAAGCAUCUGCAACCAAUCGAGGGAAGAUGGCACGUGUCGUAGCAACAAACGCAUCUCUUGCUGCUCGUGUGGACGCUCUCUCGGAGUCCUCUAACACCAGCUUUGCUAAAGGAAAGCUUGAGAAGAUAAACGCGUCUCUGCGCUUCUAUGAAGGGGACAAGCAAGCUCGCUCAAACAGAAAAUCUAUUGCUUCACAGAAGAUGGAAGCAUACAGGCGCGGAGUGGCAACAGGAUAUGAAGGGAAGGGGGACAUGAAGCUUUCGAAGGAAACAGCCCCUGCUGCUGAGCCCAAAAAGACUCGAAUGACGGAGGCGUUUGAGGAAGACACUGGGUUCACGCAGACCAAGGCCUCACAGGAUAAGGGCUCAAGAAAUAAGGAGAAUGCACAAGAACGACAAGACGAUGCUAUGCCAGCGCCCUUAGAGCCUUUAUCGAGUGCUGCGAAGAAAGACGAGCCCGUGGCACCAAUUGAGGUGGAUGCGGAAGACACCAAUGACACCAAGGACGCUAAGGAGAAGCAUAAGGAGAAGAGCAAGGAAAAGCACAGAGACAAGGACAAAGAAAAAGAAAAGCACAAGGAGAAGGAGAAGGAUAAAGAGAAGCACAGGGACAAGGAUAAGGAUAAAGAAAGAGAUAAGGAAAAACAUAAAGACAAGGACAAGCACAGGGAUAAAGACAGAGAAAAAGACAAGGAAAAGCAUAAGAGCAAGGAUGACGAUAAGAAGAACAAGACGCACUCCAAGUAA